AUGACGGAGCCUGAGAACUUCGAGGAGGAUCUCUUCGCUGACCUCUACGAUGACGAUACCCCCGCGAAGCCAGCUGCCGCUCCACCACCACCACCACCACCGGCUGCCCCUGCCCAAACUGCGGCUCCCGUCCAGAACCACGAGAUCCAUGCAGAACCACAUCCUCCAGCCGAACCAGAGCACGGGGGCGAGGAGAUGAAGUAUGAAGAUGACGAAGAUGAUGACGAGGUAGACUUUAACCUUGGCAGCGGCGGCGGCGGCGGCGGCAACAGUAGUGGCGGAGUCCCCUCUAACGCGACCCCUUCAAACGGUAUGGGCGCGGUCAAGCAUGAGGAACAUACAUAUUCCACUAGCACUGCAAAGAACCCCAGUGCCAAGGAAGACGGGUAA